UCCGCCUCACCACCACCAUCCUGGCCGAGAAGUUUUCCCUGUUUCUUCAGGAGACUUUCUCCUCCUCCAUCCGUCCACCGCUUCGCUUCUUUUCACUCUUCAUUUGAGCAACAAAGCACAUCCGGCCAUGUUCUUUGCACCUCUCCUGUUUGCCUCUUUGAUGUCGCUCGCCGGUGUGUGCUCCGGAGGCUCGGACGCGCCCCGGGGUGUCGCGGUCGGCUUCGUCUUUGACCUGAAAGCGAAGUGCGAGCCGCCGUGCGAACACGCCGGAGUCUGCAUCCGCAACAACACAUGCUUCUGCUCCCGGGGCUACGAAGGAGAGACCUGCCAGUAUGCCAACUGUGAUCCCAAAUGUAAAAAUGGAGGAGUGUGUCUUCGCCCUGGAAAAUGCAGAUGUCCUCCUGGAUUUGGAGGAAGAUAUUGUCACAAAGUGACGUGCGAUGGGGGAUGUUGGAACGGAGGAGAAUGCACCGCUGUCAACGGCGUGGCCAAGUGUAUCUGCCCUUCAAGCUGGGCCGGAUCAAAAUGCCAGGAGGCAAUUUGUCCCCAGGGCUGCAGGAAUGGAGGGCUGUGUGUGGCUCCAGGAAUCUGCAGCUGCACGGAGGGAUGGUUGGGUGGUGCCUGCCAUAUGGCUGUAUGCAGUCAGCCCUGCUUGCACGGAGGGAAGUGCGUUUCUCCCAACAAAUGUCGCUGUCGACCUCCUUUCUCUGGACCUCGCUGCGAGGAGAGGAAAAAGUCCCACUAGUGCACCCAAGGAUCAAACAAUGUUGUGGGGGUGAUUAUGUUUUUAUACUGGGACGUAGUUAGUUUUACAGCAACUGUGUGGAAAACAUGGAUGUAGCCACUAUGAUGUCACCCUUAAAGUUAGUGAAGACCCAUCUUGGGAGUUUUAGAAACAGGCUGGAAACACCAUAAAACGUACCCUCUUUCUCACCUAUUUUACUGUAAAUGUGAAUAUAACUUGCAAAUUUGACAUCAUGCUGUAGGCAAUAAAUCUUUUUAUAGACUUAUACACAGUCAGACCGUGGGAUUUGUGGUCUCAGUGAUCUCUUUUAAAAAGCAGCUAAGAAGUCAUCUUUUCAAACUUCCCUUUGGGUAUCAUUUAUGUCUUUAUUUCUAGUGUUUUGUUGUGAAGCACUUUGUAAUGUUUAUCUUGAAAGUGCUAUAUAUAAAAACAAUUUUACUUUAACUUUUGCAACCAGUUGGCCCCUGCUGUUCAUUAGAAAUGAGGCUGGUUUAAGGUACAUCAGCAGUGGUUUCACAUUUCAGACAAAACGUUCAUCCCUCUUUUUAUAUAAAGUGUACCGUUUUAGU